AUCCAACCAAAAACACCGUAUGAUUUUCACCCGUAAAGACUAAAGUCAUAUUGGACCUAUGGCUUUUGUUUUCUUUUCUUUUUAAAUUCAUGAUGCUUCAUCCAUUUACCUUUUUCAUUUUUUGUUUUUUCUUUUAACACAAAAGAAAAAGCCCUGUGAUGAACCAUGAUUCAUGAUGGCUCUCUCUCUCUCUCUCUCUCUUUUGGGUGGGACAUGGUUGCUGUCCAUUACCGUGGAAAUAACGCUGCAAAGUUCCAUUGCUAUUCCCGGUGCUAACGAGCUGAGGAAGCCCACUUAUUUGAUUUAGUUGUAUUCGCUUCUGUGACAAGGGAUCGAGACUUUAGAAGAAUUCAAGGAGAAAUUGCUGACAACUUAGAUCUACAGCUUAAUAAGGAGACUGAAGUUGGGAGAGCAAGGCAACUAAAGGAUUAUCUGAAGAAAAAGAAGAGGAUUCUUGUGAUUUUAGAUGACAUUUGGUCGAGGCUAGAUUUGGAUGAACUUGGAAUUCCUUUUGAAGAGAUGAAGAAUGAGGCAAGUUCAGUUGGUGAAGGACAGAUGCAAUGCAAGAUUCUCUACACAUCUAGAUUUCUUGAUGUCUUAUCACGUGACAUGGAUACUAAUCAAAAUUUUGAUGUUCGCCCAUUGCAAGAUGAAGAAGCACGGGAGCUUUUGAAGAAGAUAGUUGGUGAUGAAAUUGAAACUUCUGGCUUGCAGCUUACAGCAGAGGAGAUUGCCAAAGAAUGUGCUGGGCUACCACUAGCCAUUCAAUCUCUUGGCAAGGCUUUGAGAGGAAAGGAAUCUUAUGAAUGGAGGGAUGCUCUGCUACAACUGAAAAAGCCCUCUCCAGAGAACUUCAUGGGGAUCUCUGCCAAUGUUUAUUCUGCAAUUGAAUUGAGUUACAAGUAUUUAGAAGGAGAAGAACUAAAGCAAACUUUCUUGCUUUGUAGUCUGUUCGGACAGAAUGCUUAUAUAGAAGACUUGCUAACAUAUGGUAUUGGCUUGGGCUUAUUUCAGAAUGUCAGCACAAUAGGAGAAGCACGAGACAGACUACUAACACGGGUUAGAAAUCUAAAAUCUUGUUCUUUGCUGCUUGAUGGGAAUAGCGAGACUCACGUUAAAUUGCAUGAUAUUGUCUUUGAUGUCGCGGUGGCCAUUGCCUCAAAGGACCACCAUGUGUUGUCAUUAAUAGAUGACAACGUACCCCAAAAGUGGUCAGAUAGGGAGGCCAUGGGAGAUGUCAAAUGGAUUAGUAUGCGACAUGCUAAUAUUAGUGAGCUCCCUGAUGAGCUGGAAUGUCGGCAACUUACCUUAUUCCAUUUAGCUAGCAAGAAUCCUUCUAUGAAAAUUCCAGACAAUUUUUUUCGGAGAAUGCCAAAUCUCAGAGUCUUGAAUUUUACCACGAGGUAUUUCUCAUCCAUUCCUUCAUCAAUUUGCCUUCUGAAAAACCUCCGUACAUUACAUAUCAAUCACAGUGCUAUAAAAGAAAUAGCUAUUGUUGCAGAGCUGAGUGGUUUGGAAGUCCUUAGCCUUUCAAGAACUGAUAUUGAAGAGUUGCCAACGGAAAUUGGACAUCUGACCCAACUAAAGUUUUUAGAUUUGAAUGAUUGUACCAAGCUCAAAGUGAUACGACCCCAUGUCUUAGAGAGUUUGUCCAGGCUAGAAGAACUGUAUCUGCAAAACAGCUUCAAUCAAUGGGAUGGUAACGGACUUGGAAACCAAAGAAAUGCUAGCCUUGCUGAGUUGAAGAAUUUGCAUAACCUAGUUGCCUUAGAUGUGCAUGCAUGUGAUGUCCAAAUUAUUCCAGAAGACUUAUUCUCUGAAAGGUUGAAUCGAUACAAGAUAUUCAUUGGAGAGGUGUGGAACAGAUGGGAUGGUUCUUUCAAAGGCUCAAAAAUAUUGAAGCUGGGGUUGAAUACAAGAAUUACUCGUGACCAUUCUAUUUGCAUGUUGAUAAGGAAAACAGAAGAACUACAUGUUGAGAAACUGAAGGAUGUGAAGAAUAUAGUUCCUGAGUUAGAUGUUGAAGAUUUUCAGGAACUGAAGUGUCUUUACGUUAAAAAUGCUCCUGAGAUUCAGCAUAUCAUUAAUUCAGUGGGGGAGAUUCCUUGCCAUGUAUUUCCCUUCUUAGAAGUACUAUUUCUUCAGAAUUUGGAUAGUAUGGUGAAGAUUUGUCAUGGCCAUCUUGCAGAAACAUCUUUUAGAGGAUUGAGAACUAUAACCAUUGAAUUUUGUCAUCAGCUAGAGAGUUUGUUCCCGUUCUCCAUAGCUAGACGACUUCUUCAACUUGAAGAAAUUGGAGUAACAUGUUGCUUUAACAUGUUAGAGAUUGUUGAUGAGGAAGGGCAAGUGACCACUAAUGAUAUAGCUGAAGCAGAUGAGAAUUUCGAGUUUGCCCAUCUACAGUUCUUGAAAUUGCAGUGUUUGCCAAAGUUCAUUAGAUUGUGCCAUGGACUUGUGGAAGCAAAUGAUUCAAGGUCCAAGCCUGUAUCACUUUUCAAUGAAAAGAUUGUCUUUCCAAACCUCGAGAAGUUGGAGUUGUCCUCGCUCAACAUUGAAAGUAUAUGGAGCAGUCAGCUUUCUGCAAAAUCCUGCUGUUUUCAGAGUCUGACGGAUUUGAUCAUUGAGGGCUGUGAUUAUUUGAAACACCUGUUGUCAUUCUCUAUGGCUAAAUGUCUAGUUCAGCUUAGAUACCUUCGGAUAGAAAAUUGCAAGAGGAUGAGAGAGAUAAUUGCACCAGAGUAUCCAGAAGAAAUGGAAGAUUUGAUUUUGUUCCCCAUGUUAAACGACCUGUAUAUGGGAGAUCUUGAAAACCUUUGUAGAUUUUGCUCCGGAAACUAUAGUAUUGAAUUCACAACCUUGAAGAAAUUGUUUAUAGACAAUUGUUCAGCAUUGAAUGGGUUCAUAGUCAAUGUGGGCACAGAUUUCACAGGUGGAAUACAGCCCCUCUUUAAUGAAAAGCUUGCCAGAUUAUUGACAUCAGUGGAGGAGUUAAGGGUAAGAGAAUGUGAUAGUCUAGAAGAGAUAUUUGAACUUGGGGAAUUGAAUGUGGAAGAGUCACAUGCUGUGGUAAACACUCGGUUAAGAGAUUUGUCUUUGUGGUAUUUACCAAGGUUGAAGCAUUUGUGGAGCAGGGAUCCCUGCAGAAUUCUCACUUUCCUGAACUUGUGGUCCGUGGCAGUUGCCCGUUGCAAGAACCUCAAAAAUAUAUUUCCAGCUUCAUUGGCUAUGGACCUUCAGCAACUUGAAGUGUUGAAGAUAGAAGAGUGCGAUGUGAUGGAGGAAGUUGUAGCAUUGGAAGUAGGAGAUGAAGCAGUUCCUAGGUUUGCGCUUCCUCAUUUAUCUACUAUUGAGCUGCGGGAUCUACCAAGUCUCAAAUAUUUCUAUCCUCGAAAACACAUAAUAGAGUGCCCCAAGUUAAAAGAUUUCUAUGCAUAUGGUUGCGGCUCUUCAGUAGAAACAAAAGGAGAAAGGCUUGGCAUAUCUCCGAUUCAACAACUGCUUUUCUCUAUGGAAAAGGUCUUUCCUAAAUUAGAGAACCUGUCAUUAACAAGUGAUGACUUAGCAGUGAUAUUUGAUGAGCAAUUUCCAAGGGACCUCUUUUGCAAUGUUAAAGUUCUUCGUCUUCUUUCUUAUAGAGAUAAAUCACCUGUGUUUUCAAUUCGCUUCCUUCAAUGUUUCCGCAAGCUGGAAAAGCUUUAUGUAUCUAGUGCUGAUUUGGAGGAGUUAUUCCCUUCUGAAGGAGACGCUAAUGGUCAGGAGAACUGUGUGGGAACACAGUUACAUAUUAGAGAGUUGAAUUUGAACUCACUUUAUAAUCUGAGGCACAUAUGUAACCAAGACUCAAGAGGAGCUGACCUAAUUCUUCAAAAUCUUAAAAUUCUGAAAGUGGAGUUCUGUCGUGGCUUGAUUAGCUUAACAGCAUCUACGGUACCUUUCCACAAUCUCACCACUUUGGAUGUAAAGCAUUGCAAAGGGUUAAGAAACUUGGUUUCAUGCUCAACAGCUCAAAGCCUGGUUCAACUUGAAACAAUGAGCAUAGCAAAUUGUGACUCGCUGACUGAAGUAGUUGGAGACGAAAGAGAUGGCUUAGAAGAUGAGAUCAUUUUUAUGAAAUUGAAAGUUUUGAAACUCAUAGGGUUAGCAAAGCUCACAAGCUUCUGUUCAAGACUUAAUUUCACCUUCAAUUUCCCAUGUUUAGAACGCUUGGUUGUGAAUCACUGUCCCAACAUGGAGACCUUCUGUAAGGGAGUCCUAAAGACUCCAAUGCUGCAGAGAAUAUCACAAUAUAACAACGAUGAGGGGCGUCUGUUGGGUGAAUUGAAUAGCACCAUAAAUCAAUUGUAUGAAGAAAUGGUUGGAUAUGCUGAGUUAUGCCGUGUGAAACUCUCGGAGCUUCCUAAAUUGAUGGAAAUAUGGAACAAGAACCCUCAAGAUAAAUUGAAUUUCCAAAGGAUUUUUUGGCUGGAAAUUUGUAACUGUGAUAGCUUUAGAUACCUCUUAACUCCACCCAUGGUGUUGAGUCUUUCUGAACUCAAGGAAUUGAGGGUACACAACUGUGAAAUGAUAGAGCAAAUCAUCACAGAAGAGGAAGAGGUACCAGAAAAUAAAAUGAAAUUCCCUCGGCUAUGGUCCCUUACCCUGACGUCUUGUCCCAACUUGACAAGUUUUAUUGUGGGAAGUCAUAAACUUGAGUUUCCAUCAUUGCGGUCUAUCAACAUGGAUAAUUGUCCAAAGAUGGUAUCUUUUUCAACAUUUUCAAUAAUGCAAGAGAAAGAGACAACUAUUGGAGGAAGUGAAGAAAGGCUUGAUAUCCCUACUGAACCAUUUUUCAGUGAUAAGGUGAGAUUCCCUAGGUUAUGGAUCCUUAUAAUUCAAGGGAUGAGGAGCUUGAUCAGGAUAUGGGAUGAACAACUUGAUGAAGAUUCCUUCCACGAACUACUUCUUCUACAUGUAGAACAUUGUGAAAAACUAGUGAAUAUUUUUCCAGUUAAUAUGGUAGGGAGGCUACAAAACCUAAACGAGCUGCUGAUAAGGAAUUGUGUUUCACUAGAAGAAAUAUUUGAACCUCAAGGGCAUGCUGAUGAAUCAAAAGCACAAAUACCUGCUCAAUCAGCUUUAGUUGAAACAGCCCCUAAUUUUGUAUUUCCAAAAGUAACAUCUUUGGAUCUUCAGUGCCUACACAAUCUCAAGAAUACUAGCUUCAGAACAAGUGGAGAGAGCCAACUUGAAAUCCAAAUUGAACGCGGUUUGUUUUGGGUCAGUAAGGCUACAUUCCCCAAUCUAGAAGAACUGAUAGUGGAGCAGAAUGAUGACCUGAAAGAGAUAUGGCAUGAUGAUGAUGAUGUCAAGAAUGACAUUAUUUUUACCAAACUGAAGUUUUUGCAAAUUAAAUGUCUUCCAAGACUAGCAAGCUUCUGCUUAGGGAAUUGCAACUUUGAAUUCUCAUCUUUGGAAGAUGUAAUUGUGAUGGGGUGUCCAAAUAUGAUGACUUUCUCUGGGGGAGAAGUAAGUACACCUAACCUGCAAAAAGUAAAAUUCACAGAAGAUGAAGGUGUAGAAUGUUGGGAAGGUGGCCUUAACCCCACAAUACAACAGUUGUUUGUGAAAAAGGUUGGAUAUGCUAUGGUAAAACAUCUGAAACUCUGGCAAUUUCUUGAGUUGAUGGGAAUAAGGAGCAAGAAACCUCAAGAAAUCUUAAAUUCCAGUUGGCUUUGCUUUUUAGAAAUUUGUAAUUGUGGUAACUUGAGAUACUUGUUAACUCUUUCCAUGGCAUUGAGCCUUGUUUCUCUUAAAAAGAUGAAAAUACAAAACUGUGAACUACUAGAGCAAGUCAUCUCAGAAGAAGGGGCUAACUUGAAGGGUGGCAUUGUUUUCAACAAACUAAAGUCUUUGGAACUUAAAGGUUUAUUGAGACUUGGAAGCUUCUGUUUGGGUAAUUUCAACUUUGAAUUCACAUCUUUGGAAGAUGUAACUGUGAUGGCAUGUCCAUGUAUGAUGACUUUCUCUGGGGGGGGGGGAAGUAAGCACACCAAAACUGCAUAAAGUGAAAUUAACAGGAGAUGAUGAAGAUGAAGGAUGUUGGGAAGGUGGUCUUAACCCCACGAUACAGCUUUUAUUUACAAAAAAAGGUAGUCAUUUGCUCAAAAGAUUACCUUUUGUUUUUCAUUUUUAAUAGCUUUCUUAUGAUCAAAUCAAAAUAUGGUGCAAGGUUGUGGUUAACUUCAUAAAUUUUAAUUUUGAAG